AUGAGCGCUUGUUCGACUCGAUCCCGCCAAGCCGCAACGGCAGCGAAGGAAGCGACGCUGACAACAGGGCUUACAGUGGUUCUCCGACAACAAGCGCGUGUUGCAACGUUGCAGCACGUCGUUCACGCCUUGGAUGGCUUCGUUGAUGUGUCUUGGCAGUGGAGUAUCGCCCGAGCUUGCGCGCUUUCAAGUGAAGAUCCUAAUAGUGAUGACGGUGGUGCACGCCGACUUGUUGCUCGCAUUGUGGCUCGACGGCCACUAGCCGAGAUGGAUGUCUUCUAUCGUCGAGCCCAACUUUCUGCCGGGUUGGUGAAUGCCGCACAGCGCGGCGAUGCGGAACUAGUGCGCUGGUUGCUCGAUAACGUUGUGACUGAGCGAUUUAUUGUUGACAGUCAUAGUGGUAUCUUCAAGGCCGCCGAAGCAGCAGCAACUAAGGGGCACCUCCACGUUCUCGAACACGUCCUAGGUCACGACAAACACGGCGUUAGUGUAAAGCCAGCCAUGCUCGCCGCCGCUCGUGGAAAUAAUCUGAAUGCGCUGAAAUGGUUGUACGAGCGUUUGGUCGGCGCAACUGACCUGAGUGAUUGUGCAAGCGCACUUUUGGAAGCUGCUGCCGGCAACGGUAACACUGAAAUGGCAUCUUGGGUGGUAGAAAUCGUCGGCGCUGAUUGUCUGCGGUUGGCGGUGGCUAGUGCUGCUCAGAGUGCAAUCUCUGGUGGGCACCUUGACAUGAUCUCGAGCCUAGUCGCUAUUGCUUCUUCAAUUGAUGGUCCCCUUUGCUUGGAUGAGGCGGCUGGCAAGGGGUAUCUGCAAGCGGUGCAAUGGGGGCUUCAGCACGGUGGUGUGUGCUCCACCCAGGCCAUGGACGCAGCUGCCACCAACGGCCAUUUCGAGGUUGUGCGAUGGCUGCAACACCACCGCGCUGAUGGAUGCACGAUUCGAGCCAUGGACAAAGCGGCAAGCCAUGGACUCCUGGAGAUCGCUCAAUGGUUGCACGAACACCGGACUGAAGGUUGUUCGACGGCAGCAAUGGAUGGAGCAGCAACUCACGGCCAUCUCGAUGUAGUCAAGUGGCUACAUUGCCACCGUAGCGAAGGAUGCACGACCGCCGCUAUGAACGGAGCUGCUACGGGGAACCAUGUUCGCGUUCUCCAGUGGCUGCACGAUCAUCGCUCCGAGGGCUGCACACAAGAAGCAAUGGACGAGGCAGCAGGCCAUGGGAAUUUGGCAGUGAUGCAAUGGCUUAUUGCACAUCGCUCGGAGAGCUGCAGUUUUUCACGCUGCGCUCUAGAAAAUGCGGCUGCAAACGGUCAUUUGGAAGCUGUGAAGUGGCUCUACAAGCAAGUUCCUUCGCACAAUACGACCGAGUGGAUCACCUGCGAUGCGAUGGAUCGUGCGGCCAGUGGUGGGCACCUUGACGUGGUUAAGUGGCUUCACGAACGUCGGCCUGAUCUCGGGAGCUGCACCACUGCCGCGUUGGAUGGUGCAGCUUCAAACGGCCAUCUGCAAAUGGUGAAGUGGCUGCAUGCAAACCGCCGUGAGGGUGGCACAUAUCGCGCAAUGGAUGGCGCAGCGGCGGGAGGACACUUGGGGGUGCUGCUCUUCUUGUAUUCAAACCGCUCAGAUGGCUGCACGUCAGAUGCGGCAGUGCAAGCUGCUACGAACGACCACGUUGAGGUCGUGCAGUGGCUGCUUCAGCGCUACCCGCAGCAAAUUAGCAAUGAGCGCGUGCGCAAGUUCGCCGCCAAGUACAACUUCGCUCUACUCGAUCAGUGCAAUCGAAGCCGGAUCCGACCCGUCGGCAUAUAUUAG